CAGCCGCGACGCCAAGCGGUUCGUGUUUUUGCAGUUCGCUUUGAUUUCGCUUCAUUUCGAUUUCGCAGCGGUUAAUUUGCAGCGGCUGCGCCUGACGCGCUGCAUCUUAAGAUAUUUUUUGUGUCUGCCUUUUUUUUCGGUUUAUGCUUUGCGCAAGUUUGAAAAAGAGUAAAGAAAAAAUACAACAAAUUUAACAAUAUUACGAGUAAAAAGCCACACAAAGCAAAGCUCAUAAACAAUCAAUCAACGGCAAUCAGCAUCAAUCACAGCGUGAGCAACUGUCGCAAAUUGGAGCUGCUGCUGUUGGUCAAGUGAAAGCUGCGACGACAACAGCAACUGUUGGUGCUGUCGCAUGCUGUUGCUGCUAUUGCCGCUGCGUCUGCCACAUAAUUCAAUCAAACAGCAGAGUCAACGCCAUCGCCAUCGCCACCGACGCCCCAGACACGGUUCAUAGAGCGGGCACGCACGUCAACCCCCCGCCAACCAUCCCCCGCCAGCAACAAUCCGCAACAACAUUGGCAACAUCGGCAACAUCUGCAACGGCUGCUCAGUCAGUCAGUCAGUGAGUCAGAGAGACGCAGACGUCGCUGCAGACGCCAUUGGCCGUGGCCAGGAACCAGUCGCCAGCGCGACCAGCAACCAGUCACGACCGCAGCAACAGUUGCUGCUGCGACUGCCACAGGUUCACAAAUAAGUGAAAGUGAAUUUGUUUACGGUGUAUUGCUAUUACCAAAGCGAAAGAGACAUAACACCGAAAUAAAAACAUAAGCCCCAGCCAAGCAGAAGAAGAAGCGCCAGCAGCCGAAAUCGUAGACCAACACAAUAGCAACGCGAGCAAUGCAAUUGUAGUUGGACUGAGCGAUAUAAAAACCAAACAGCAACACAAAGCUAGGGAAAGAGAACGAGUAAGAGAGGGAGAGAGAGAGGGUGAGAGAGAGGCAGAGCGAGCUGGCAUCUAGAGCUCUCAAUGCUAAUUGACACUGUGCGCGCGUUAUUGGAUAAUCUUUAGCGACAGCAACAAUUGCAACUACAACGACAACAACAACAACAUGCAACACAUUUGCCUAGCGCUGUCGCUGCUGCUGCUGCUUGACACUGGAACUGGUGCGGCCACGCCCACACCAAUGACUUAUGCAAACUUUACGGAGCUCUCGGAGGCGGUGCACGCCUCCUUGCUGGCGCACGAACGGCAGCAACAGCAGCGCCAAUCGCUGCAUGGCCGCGCCAAGCGGGCGGUGAAGCGCGUUUGCUACGGUGAGCUGGGCUGUUUUGAGGACUCUGGCCCAUUUGCCUACCUGGAGAUGCUGCCCUCGUCGCCGGAGGAGAUAAACACCAAGUUCUAUUUCUACUCGACGCGCCAGCGCUCGGAUCGACCGCUCAUGGAGUUGUCCUUCUUGAACAUGACGGCGGCGUUUGCCAAGGCGAAGGCCAAGCGCGAGUCCGACAGUCCGCCAGCUCCAACGGUCACCACGAGUGCCCCAGCGGGCACAGCCUCGAUGUCUGGCCUCAACACGAGCACAGAGAAGCCGCCCGGCAUGGGUGGCAGCCCGAAGAAGCCGCCGCAGCCUUCCAUCGACGACCUCGAGGGCUUCGAUGAGCUCUCCGUGCGCGUAAUUGUCCAUGGCUUCGGAUCGGCCUGUCCCCACGUCUGGAUCUACGAAAUGAAAACGGCACUGAUGGCUGUGGAGGAUUGCAUUGUUAUUUGCGUAGACUGGGAGAACGGAGCCACCUUUCCGAAUUACGUGCGUGCCGCGGCGAACACGCGUCUGGUGGGCAAGCAGUUGGCGAUGCUGCUCCGGAAUCUGCAGCAGCACAAGGGCCUCAAUCUGAUGCGCACGCAUGUGAUUGGCUUUAGCCUUGGGGCGCAUGUCUCCGGUUUUGCGGGCGCCGAGCUGCCCGGCCUGUCGCGCAUUACGGGCCUCGAUCCGGCUGGGCCGCUGUUCGAGGCGCAGCAUCCGAAGGUUCGGCUGGACAGCAGCGAUGCCGAGUUCGUCGACGUUAUCCACUCGAAUGGCGAGAAUCUUAUAUUGGGCGGCUUGGGCUCCUGGCAGCCCAUGGGCCACGUGGACUACUAUCCGAACGGAGGGCGGGUGCAGACGGGCUGCUCCAAUCUGUUUGUAGGCGCGGUCACGGACUUCAUUUGGUCUGCCCAGGCGGCCGAGGACGAGGAGGGGCGCUCGCUCUGUAAUCAUCGUCGCGCCUAUAAGUUCUUCAUCGACUCCGUGGCACCACGUUGCAUGUUUCCCGCCUUUCCCUGCGCCAACUACGACGACUUUCUGAAGGGCAAGUGCUUCCCGUGCGCCCAGGACGAUGAGGAUCUGGCCGAGGGCGUGCCACGCUGCGGCAACAUGGGCUACUAUGCGGACAGAUCGACGGGCCGCGGCCAGCUCUAUCUGCUGACACGCGAGGAGGAGCCCUUCUGCGCGCAUCAGUUCCAGCUGCAGAUCUUUAACUCGUUCAACGAUCUGCCCCUGCGCACGAUUGGCCGCCUGGAGGCCAUACUCGAGGGCGAUGGCGGCCUCAACGAGACUUUCGAAAUAUCCGAGAAGGACGAUGCCGAGUUCUUUGCCGGCGACAUUGUAUCCAAGAUAAUUGUGCCGCAUCCGGCGCUGGGCUUCCCCACCACGUUGAGCCUGCACUACAAGUCCUACAGCGGCUGGCUGUCGAAGGGCUUGCCCCACUGGGACAUUGACAAGGUGGUGCUGACGGAUAGCUUCGGGCGCAGCCACUCGCUGUGCAGCCCCAGCACCAAGCUGAGCAGCGGCAGUCCCGUGCGCAUGCGCCUCCAGGCGGGCAACUGUGAGCUGGACAACCAGGAGGACUAUGGCGCCUAUACCACCACCCAGCCGCCGGCCGCGUUGUCGGCCAGCACGGACGCGCCCGUGGCUGACUCCAGUGUGCAGGAAACGGGUCUGAGUGCCAGCGUUGACGGUGUCGAGAGCGUCAAGCAGCGCAAGGACAUCUUCAACCUGGGUACCAGCUUCAAGCUGGCCGAGAAUCAGACCUACCCGCUGGACCAGACCGAUGAGCUGCCCUGGCAGCCCAUACUCGUGGGCAAUUCCCUGGACAAGGACAACAAUGAGGCCGAGGCAGCCGAGUCGAGUCGCAGUCUGUCCGACGCCCUGUCGCCCGGUCAGCAGCCCGCCGCUGAGAUUUUCGAGCCCGUACUCAAGGACCGACGUCUGGCCGUGAACCGUGGCCGCAACCUGCAUGAGCUACACGCCAGCGCCGGGGAGAUUGUCGAGCCGGUGCUCAAGGCCACCACGCCGCGCACCAAGCACGGCAAGGACCUGCAGCUGACUGAGCCCGAGGAUAGCAAUGCCACAGCCAGCUCGACGGACAGUCCCAUCAGUCCAGCGAGUUCGGCCAAUCCAGCCGUGGCCACGGUACCCAAAAUGAUGGCUCAGCUGUCGAGCGGCUCCGAUGAGCCGCAAAUGGUGCAGCUGCUGCCCUUCCGGCUAGGCGAACUGCUGCAACGGGCCGAGCGCUACGCCCGGGAGACGCUGUUGCCGCUCAUCUCAGUGCAGGCGCCGCGAUUCUUCGGCUUCAAUGUGACGCCGCACGAGCGAGUCGGCGAGUCCCGCAAGCCUCGCUAUAUACCGCGCUACGAGGAGUCCGCUUUCAUCAACAGCAGCAGCAGUAGCAGCAGCAGCAGCAGCGGCAGUAGGCAGCAGCGCCGCCGCUCCGACUCCACCGAGUCCACAGACCAAGCGGCACGCCGCAAUCUAUUCCGGCUGCUGCGCUCCGAUGCAGCGCGUGGUCGUGCCGCCCAGCAGCCCAUCACGGCCGCCGCACCAGUGACUAGCAGCGAGACGCAGCAGAGGGACUUCAACUACUACACGAAUAUGCUGCACUCAGAGUCCCGUUCCAUGCGGCCCGAGGCGCCCGAGUAUCGUCCCGUUUUCAUUGAGCUGCCCACGUACCGGCCGCCAGUGGGCGGCAAGGCGAAGGCCUUGCGGCGGGCGCGCAGCCAGCUGAGUCCCUGAGUGACGAAGGGGUGCACGGGGGGAGAGCAGCUAGGAAUAUAUGUAUAAACACUAUGUGAUAUGGAUAAGCCGAGUGUGGGGCGCGUCUGCUCAGCGGCUGCGUCGAGUGAAAUCUGUCUGUGCUGGCCUGAAAGGCCGAGGCCCGAGCGCAUUUGGGUUGGUUGGUCCAUGGCUCGUCGAACCAAAAAACUUCACCUUGCACUGUAAAUAAACGUUAAAUCGGAAUCGGAUUGGAACUGCGUCCACUACUGAGUUCCCUACGCCUUAAGUUUACCUAAUAAGUUUCUAAAUGUGAGCAAUUAAAUAAAUUAUUAACAUGCUAAGCAGAAA